CUCUCCUCCUCCCAUCCUCUCAUCCCCUCCCCUCUCAUCUCAUCUCAUUCAGUCAGUCAUAGAGUGGCAGAGUCAGAGGGAGUCAGAAAGGAGAGAGAGUAGAUACUCCAUCCAAGAUGGCCAUCGCUCCAGUUGGUUGUCGGAGAGACCUGAACUGGAUUUACUUCGGCCUGUGCAGCCUAAAGGAGGCCUGGGGCAUUCUUGUGGAGUCCCUGGCCUCCUUCGGCCUACUAUUCGGGGCCUGCCUGCUGCUUGCCCUGCUCGUAAUUGAAGUACGGGCCCGAAAAACAGACGGGAAGGGCCGGUUCGCUCUUCGGGCCUCGCUAGGCUUUGGAGCCUGGGGCCUAGUAGGCCUGAGCCUGGCUUUCGUGGUCAGGCCUCACCCCAACAACUGCUCGGCCCGCCGCAUCCUCUUCGGGUGCCUCUGCGGCCUGUGUUUCAGCUGUCUUUCGGCCCUGGCUGGUAGUUUGGCCUGGAAAUCUCGCUACGGCCGCCCACCGAGCGAUGGGGCUUGCCUGGCGGCGGCCCUGGGCCUGUUCUCAGUGGAGUGCGUCAUAAAGGCCUCCUGGCUCCUAACAUCCACCGUCAGGGCCAGGCCUUUGGAACGGGAGGCUGGACAGAGCCCUUGCUCGAUCGCCAAGGCUGAUUUCACCGGAGCCUCGGCAUAUGUUAUGGGCCUGCUGCUCCUUGGCCUAGUUCUGGCAGGCCUGGGCCUACGUUGCCCUGGGAAACGGGACCGCAGGCUCGCAGCCUACCUCUUCUCUUCAGCCUGUGCUUCCGUAGUGGUCUGGACGGCCUGCUUUGGGGCCUAUCUCGGCGGAGAGAGAAGGCCACGUCUGGGAGCAAGGCCUGAUGCUUGGGAUGACCCCCCCCUCGCCUCCCUCCUCCUCGCCCAGGGAUGGGUCUUCCUCUGCCUCUGUCUCGCCCCCUGGGUCAUCGAGGGAGCCAGGGGGCAGAGGCAGAGGGAGAGGGAGGUAGGUCCGAACGAGGUCUACACCGUCAACAAGGCCUUCCACACGGAGGUGGAAGAUGAGAAUCCGAUAAACUCUACCAUCGACGAUGUCUCUCUCAACUUAGAACCAAAAUCGAUCGAUUCAGAGCAGAAAUCUCUCGAAAACUCUAUUCGAAGACAAGAUCCACUUUAUCGAACCCACUUUACCUGAGUCUCGCUUGCCAACAUCUUUCCAACCACACGGUGCCCAGAACUGAACACAAUACUCUAAAGGUAGACAAAAAUGUUGGAUAAACUCAGCGCAUGAGGCAGCAUCUAUGGAACGAAGGAAAUAGGCGACUUUUCGGGUCGAGACCCUUCAAUACUCUAAAUGUAGCCUCACCAACGUCUUGUACAACUGCAACAUGACCUCGCAACUUCUGUCCUCAAUAUUCUGACUGAAGAAGGCCAAUGUGCUAAAAGACCUUAUCUAUCUGUGACGUCACUUUCAGGCAACUGUGUACCUGCGCCUCGAGAUCUUUGUUUUACGAGCUUCAAAAAUAAAAUGUAUUCAAAUCCACGCUGAAUAUAAUCUUGUCGUUAUUGUGGGAAA